AUGAGCGGGCAGGCAGAGGUUAAAGUGAAAAUACCUUUCGGAAACAAACAUCUCGAUGCUGUCUUUUCAGUCCCAGAGAAGAAAUCAACAUACGGAGUGAUUCUCACCCAUGGAGCUGGAGGAGAUAUGAAUUUCCCUCACUUGGUGUCUCUGGCAGCCUAUCUCGCAUCCCAUGGAGUUCUGUGCCUGCGGUUUACUUGUAAAGGCCUUAACAUUUCUUAUAGGUCUAAGGCCUUCAAAACAGUUGUGGAAUACUUAAAGCUUUCCGAUGCUUAUAAACUUUCGGGUGUUGUCCUUGCAGGCCGUUCCAUGGGCUCACGAGCUGCUGCCUCUGUGAUACGUCAGCUUAGCCAGGAUGGUGUUGAUGAAGACUUCAUUCAAGGUCUGGUAUGUUUAUCUUACCCAUUGCAUCGACCAAAACUUCAGUCCAAGCUCCGGGAUGAAGAUUUAUUAUUUAUCAGGUGUCCAGUGCUGUUUGUCUCAGGAUCAGCAGAUGAGAUGUGUGAAAAACAAUUGCUAGAAAGUGUGGCAAGCAAAAUGAAAGCCCCUAAAAAAAUCCACUGGAUUGAUAAAGCGAACCAUGGGAUAGCAGUCAAAGGACGAACAACAGACGAUGUAAUGGAAGAAAUAAAUGCCCAAGUUUUUUCUUGGCUUAGAGAGAAUAUUGAACUGGAGCACAAAUGAUUUGCCAUAUUGAAGCAGUAUCUUCAUGUAGCUGUUCCUAAAUGCAGCAAGUUAGUUUAUUUUCCAAGAGACUUUUUUCUUAAAAAAAGAUCUUUUCAGAGAUCGAAGUGUAAGUGCAAAUAAAACUUCUUUGUGUGAAUGCAAAAAAAAUAUGCAAAACAAUAAAGUACUUUUUAAAGGAA